AUGGCGCAGGAUCAGGUGAGACCCAACGGCGCGGGCGACGAGACGGAUUCAGCUACAGCUGCACCAUGGCCUACGACUGCCAUAGACAAGAAAGAAGAUGGACCAGUGGACGCAGAGGGGAAUCCCGGGAACGAGGCGGCGCCAAGCUAUUCUCAAGAAGACGGUGAGGAUAUCAACUACAAGACACUCGAGUGGUGGCAAGCCGGUGUGGUAAUGAUUGCCGAGACCGUGUCCCUGGGAAUCCUGUCCCUUCCCGCCGUGAUAGCGAACCUGGGACUUGCGCCGGGAAUUAUCCUCAUGGUCAUCAUGGGCGUCCUUUCGACACUUUCCGGUCUUGUGAUGGGCGAAUUCCGACAGAAGUACCCCUGGGUGCAGAGUUUUGGCGAUGCUGGUGAGGUUAUGGGACGAUCGAUCGGAAUGGGAAGAGCCUUUCAGGAAUUCUUUGGAUGGGCGCAGACAAUCUUCCAAGUCUUCGUCAUGGGAAGUCAUCUGUUGACUUGGACCAUUUGCCUCAAUACUUUGACGGAUAGCUCGACCUGCACAAUUGUCUGGGGUGUCGUUGGGCUCGCUGUGUUCUGGGUGUUGAACACGCCGCGAACCCUGGCCUUUGCAGGUUACUACUCCUUUGCUUCCUUCCUAUCCAUUUUUACGGCAGUUAUGAUGACCGUCAUCGAUGUGGCUAUUGAGCGACCGAUUGGCAGCUCUAGCAUUGAGGUUACAAGGCAAAUCGGAUUCACAUCCGCUUUUCUAUCGGUGACAAAUAUUGCCGUCGCUUUUAGCGGCCACUCAUGCUUUUUCGGUGUCAUGGCGGAAUUCAAGAAACCCCAAGAUUGGCCUAAGGCUCUCAUGCUUCUACAAGUGUGCGACACGACUUUGUACCUGGUGGCUUCCGUAGUCAUAUACGUCUACGUUGGUGAUGAUGUUCCUUCGCCUGCCCUUUCAGCGGCAGGAUCGAGGACGAUAAGGAAGGCAAUCUGGGGUAUCGCUAUCCCGACUAUUGUUAUCGCUGGUGUGAUCUAUGGACACAUCGCCGCCAAGUACAUCUUUGUUCGGGUCUUUGCCGGUACGAAGCAUCUUGUCAAGCGUACGAAAGUUGGAAUUGCUGGAUGGCUUGGAAUCACGGUUGGUAUCUGGGUUAUCGCGUUUGUCAUUGCCGAGUCUAUCCCAGUUUUCAGCAACUUGCUCGGCCUGCUCUGCGCUCUUUUCGCAAGUUGGUUCUCCUACGGUAUCCCUGGAGCACUCUGGCUUUGGAUGCACCACGGCAACUACUUCUCGAGCGGAAAGCGAGCUGUCAUGUUUGGUGCGAACGUUUUAUUGGUUCUUACAGGACUAACUCUUUGCGCACUUGGUCUUUGGAGUUCGGGAGAGGCGAUCGCGCGCGAUUCGGGAACGACUCCUUGGAGCUGUAAGAGCAAUGCUGCUCCAUAA